AUGCAAGAUCCCGAACUUGCCGUUGUUUACAGUGCUAUCGAGGUGUUCUACUCGGGCCAAAACAAUAGUCAAGCAGCGACGUGGCUGGACGAUUUUCAAAAAUCGAUUUUAGCUUGGACAGCUUGCGAUAGAAUUCUCGGAGAACGAAAGAAUCCGGUAGCCAGCUAUUUUGCUGCCCAAACACUUCGACAAAAGAUUUUGAAAAAUCUAAAAGAAGUCCCGAGAGAAAGUUUGGAAUCCCUCCGCGAUUCGAUCAUCAAUCAUUUAACGCACCUUCAUGUCGUCGAUCAAAGUUCAGAAGCAACAGCCACACAACUUUGCCUGGCGGUUGUCGAUUUGUACAUUCAGGUACCUGAGUGGAUUGGCUUCAUUGCAACAAUGUUGAACAAAUUUAAUGGUUUAGAAGGUGAUCGAACGAAAAUGUUACUAACGCUACUGAAGGUGUUUCCGGAAGAGGUCGAGCAUUCAUCAAUUGGAGAGAAUAGAAGAAAAGCGGUGCGUGAAGAGUUGGCAAUAAAUGGGGACAGCAUUUUGGCCUAUCUGGCAAGUGUGUUAUCAUCGGCACUCAGCAAAGAACACCAUGACGAGGAUAUAGUCAAAAAAGUGGUACAAUGCCUAUCGACUUUUCUUCAAAACCCAAAUGUUCACACCGAUCGACUGGCGCAAAGUGAUCUUUUUGCAGUUGUCUUCUCAAUUUUGGCUUCACCAUUUGUUUCUGUGAACUUACACGAUGCCGCUACCGAAUGCGUUGUUUCCGGGCUUGUUCGGGUCGAAGACAUACACGCACACAGAGCUCUUGCCGUUGUGCUUCAUCAAGCUAGUUUCAAGCUCCAAACGGCGUGGAAUGAAGCUGUUUCGAAAGAGCAACUUGAUAGAUUGUCAAACUUUACACGAAUUUUUGUGGAGCUAUGUGAAAGUCUGAUUGAGCCAGUUGUAAAUCAAAACAAAGAAGCUGCACCACUUCACGAACUGAACAUCUUUGAACUCUUGUUGCUAAUUGCGAAUCACUUUGAUUAUUCGUUGAUCGAAAUGACGUUUAAUGUUUGGUAUCGAAUCUCGGAAGCACUUUUUAUGAUUGACGACGAUGACCACAUUGCGCUUUUCAAACCAUUUGUGAGGAGAUAUCUGGUGGCACUUGUUCGGCACUCUCGAUAUGAUUCUGAUGAAGUUGGACUACCUGAUCAGCACUCGGAUUUUGGGGAUUUUCGAUUCAAGGUAGAAUGGGUUCUAUCAGUUUUUAUCGUAAAUAUUUUUUUUGGGUUCGAGAAACUG